UUUUACUGUCCUCGGCGCGAAAACGGUGAACUCCAUGCAGCGGCCAUGAGAGGUGGACAAGCUAUGCGGUUUGAAAGUGGAGUUACCGCUGUAAUAGCUUCCAGACGUCGAAGUUUGCUGUAGAGGAGAAGUCGCUGUUGUGUACAAUGUCCUUCGGUAUUCGUCCUUAGCGGUCAGUAUAAAUAAUGGUAACUGUUGUACCUGACAUAAUUUUGCACGAUGGUAUCAGAAUUUGUGGAUGGAUGGAGUAUCGCCCAAACAUUAGGAGAAGGUGCCUAUGGCGAGGUGAAGCUUCUGGUGAACCAAAGCACAGGCGAGGCAGUUGCUAUGAAAGUAGUGGAUGUUGAUAAGCACCCAGAUGCAAGAUCAAAUAAAAAAGAAAUUUGCAUACAUCGAAUGAUGUCUGAUCCACACAUCAUUAGAUUUUUUGGACAGCGUCGAGAGGGAACUGAAUACCUGUUCCUUGAGUAUGCUGCUGGAGGGGAGCUCUUUGACAGGAUUGAACCAGACCACGGAAUGAAUGCUUGGGAAGCACAGAAAUAUUUCAAGCAGCUAAUAGCAGGCGUGGAAUAUCUCCACAGCCGUGGAGUGACACAUCGGGACCUAAAGCCAGAGAAUCUGCUGCUGGAUGAACAUGAUAAUUUAAAAAUAUCUGAUUUUGGAAUGGCUACAGUGUACAGGAUGCAGGGCAAGGAACGCUGUUUGGAGAAACGCUGUGGUACCUUACCCUAUGUUGCUCCAGAGGUGAUGGUGAGACCUUACCAUGCUGAACCUGCUGAUAUCUGGUCCUGUGGCAUCAUUUUAGUUGCAAUGCUUGCAGGAGAACUACCUUGGGAUCAACCUACUGCAGAUUGUGUGGAGUACAUGGCAUGGAAGGAUGGCAAAUGGGCACAUCUCACUCCCUGGGUGAAACUUGACAAUAUGGCCCUUUCACUGGUACGCCGUAUUCUUGUACCGAUGCCCUCAGGUCGCUAUACGCUAAAGCAGAUUGUGUCUCAUCGUUGGUGCCAGAAGAACUUCAUGAAGAUGCCAGAAUCGUACCAUUCAAAUGAGGCAACCCCAAAUGCAACCAGCAAGCGGAUUUGCUCAGGUGGAGAUUUGUCACCACUGAAUGGAACCUGUGAUAUAUCUGGAGCAGCACGCUUGUGCCACUCACAGCCAGAGCCAAGACUUGAGCGAGAAUGCCCUGAUCAAGGACCACUUGUGCAACAUGAUAUUCCGUUUUCCUUUUCACAGCCAGCACAUUUGGAAGAUCUGUUGCUUAGUUCACAACUGAAUCCUACCCAAUCAUCUGGCACACAGAACCCCUUCCAGAAGUUGGUGAGGCGUAUGACACGCUUUUUUGUUACAACAAACUGUGAAGAUAGUCUGCGUCGAUUAUGUGAUUUGUUGGAUAAAAUUGGUUUUUCAUGGAAGAUUGCAACAACAAGAGUGGUGACCAUAACAACUGUUGACAAGAGAAAGAUGCAGCUUGUUUUCAAAGCAAAUGUGAUGGUGAUGGACGGUAAUACGCUUUUGGAUUUCAGGCUUUCAAAAGGUUGUGGCCUAGAGUUCAAGAAAACUUUUAUUAAGUUGAAAGAAUGCCUUGAGGAUAUAAUUAUUAAGGGGCCCGUUAUGUGGCCAAUUGCAAUUGCUACAAACACAGUUCCUUGAAGUGUGAUGUGUGUAUGUAAACUGUUCCCCCACUUGUAUCCAAGUGGGAAAAGUAAAUUAUCUGUAAAUGUCAGCCAUCUGCAGGUUUUUAGAAACUGUGAUAAUUUUUGCAAAUUGUAUAACUGCUCAGUGCAUAUGAUUUCUGAAUUUUAUAAAAUAUAUAAUUUUGUGUACAGUAUUGUCUGAAUAUUUUAAGCUUUGCUUACUGCAAUUUUGUUAACCAGUGACAUUUUCUGUAAAAAUUUUGUAGAAUUAAAGACUGAAUGUUAUUUUUGUAAUCACAAUUUUGUAAUAAAGUUUUAAUACAGUUUUUA